AUGACCACAAGCGACGAAUUACCUGCUAAUGGCGAACUGGACCAGCCCGAGAGGAUACCUGAUGUGGUGGAGUGCGAAAGGUUGAAGAAGGCGGGAAACGAUUUAUUCGCUGCGGACCGAGUGGCUGAAGCGCUGGAGUUGUAUCGCGAGGCAAUUAAGCACGCACCAUUGAAGCCGGUGAAGAAGCCAACGCAGCACCGACAGGACGAGGUACCGCCGUGUGGUUCAGAAGGUACAGCUCAGAACUCCAUUGGGGAGUCCAGUGUGGUGUCAGAGAAAAGUUCAGCACCCGGUACCGAAAAGUCCUCCAAAGUGGGGGCCGAUGACGCGGCUCAGGACGGUGACGAUGAUGGUAUUGAUUACACACUUACAUCACAGGUGUACUGCAAUGCCGGCCUGUGUUUAUCAAAGCAGGGGAUGCCCGAAGACGCUAUCACUCACCUCAGCGAGGCGAUUCGACACAAUAAGCAGUACAGUAAGGCGUAUUAUCGACGUGCUGAGUGCUAUUAUGUGUUGGGGAAGUGGUCCAAUGCGUACGGGGAUUAUGAGGAAUACGAAAAGCUAGGUGGCACGCUGGAUGCUGGCAGCCAGGACCGCAAAAGGCAGGCAAAGGCGAAAGUAGAUGAAGAGAUGCAGAAGAUGCUCGGGGAACUGAAAAAUAUGGGAAACCGUUUUUUAAACUAUUUUGGAUUGUCUACAGACAAUUUCAAGUUCGACAAAGACCCUAACACAGGCGGCUAUUCUGUACGCUUUGAGCAGUGA